CCUCAACCACCCCCGAGCCCCCCUCCCCACUUUUUCCUGUGCAGCCGAUGCGCUUCUUCUCUAGAACCGCGUCUCCACAGGCAUGUCCUCAGACAUGCAGCCACGGUGGCAUGAAGCGACCCAAAAGACAUCGCCAGGACAGCAUCUGCGCGGUGGCCGUGGCUAUUAACCAUGCGGCUGGAGCCAGAUAUCCCCAUCGUUUCUCUCUGUCACAGAAAAGUCUCUUUGGUGCUACACUCAGUACAGACUCUCUGAGUAUGCCAGCGAAGCACAAGAAAGCCCUGUGGACUGCUUAAUGCUCUCUGUUCCAUCUGAGUUGAAGGUGACAACAAAGAAACCAAAUGCCAUGGAUUUUGUAAAUUUGACAUACUGGAAUGUCUCUGAAGGCAAUGAGACAGAAGUUGUGGCAGAUAGAGACAGCCCUUACAAGACUGUGGAGGUAGUAUUCAUCGUGUUAGUGGCUGGUUCCCUGAGUUUGGUCACUGUUAUCGGCAAUAUCCUGGUCAUGCUUUCCAUCAAAGUGAAUAGGAACCUACAAACCGUCAACAACUAUUUCUUAUUUAGUCUCGCAUGUGCAGACCUAAUCAUUGGACUGUGCUCUAUGAACUUGUACACAAUUUAUAUAGUCAUUGGUUACUGGCCUCUUGGGCCAGUCGUGUGUGACUUAUGGUUGGCUUUAGACUAUGUUGCCAGCAAUGCAUCUGUCAUGAAUCUUCUCAUAAUAAGCUUUGACAGAUACUUCUGUGUGACGAAACCCCUGAGCUAUCCUGUGAAGCGAACCACCAAAAUGGCAGGGAUGAUGAUUGCUGCCGCCUGGGUCCUUUCUUUCAUCCUCUGGGCACCUGCUAUCCUGUUCUGGCAGUUCAUUGUUGGGGGCCGGACUGUGCCUGAGAAAGAGUGCUACAUUCAGUUUUUUUCCAAUGCCGCUGUUACUUUUGGAACUGCAAUUGCAGCUUUUUACCUUCCUGUCAUUAUCAUGAUUCAGCUGUACUGGCAAAUUUCAAGAGCUAGUAAAAGUCGAGUAAAGAAGGACAACCGCAAGCCAUCAGGGUCAAACCCAGAAGCUUUGUCACCCGGCCAGAGGAGAGAGAGCACUCCGAAACCCAACAAUAACAAUGUUCCGGGGGAGGAUGGAACACAUUCCCAGAACCAGAGGGCAGAGGAUGGGGCAAACCAGCAUGAUGGAAAAUUGCAGAAUGGCAAAGGACCUUCAUCCUCUACGGCUGAUGUAGAAACUGAGGGUGACAGUGUGGCAAAGGAGAAUUGUGCUCCUGCAGAGGAGAAGGAGAGCUCAAAUGACUCAACAUCUGGCAGUAUGGCAGCUUCAAAUCUGAAAGAUGAAGAACACGUAGCAUCCACAGCAAACUCAAGCGCCGAGGCCACCCAGCAGCUUCCUCGUCAGCGAGCCAAAGCAGGAGGCUCCAAACUGACCUGCAUCAAAAUCAAGACCAAGUCUCCGAAGGGUGAUUUCUACACACCAUCAAAUGCCACAGUUGAGAUUGUCCCAGCCACAGAACGUCAGAACAAUGUGGCGAGGAAGAUCGUGAAGAUGACGAAGCAACCUCCAACCAAGAAGAAAAAAGGGGCCCCGUCACGGGAGAAAAAAGUUACCCGCACGAUCAUGGCCAUCCUGGUGGCUUUUGUUGCAACCUGGACUCCAUAUAACGUUAUGGUGCUCAUAAAUACCUUUUGUUCUGCAUGCAUCCCCAACACUGUUUGGACUAUUGGUUACUGGCUGUGCUACAUUAACAGCACCAUCAAUCCUGCCUGCUACGCUCUGUGUAAUGUCACAUUCAAAAAGACAUUUAAACAUCUGCUUCUCUGCCAAUACAAAAGCAGUAGAUCAGCAAGAUAAAUAUGGUAAAAGCCCCCUUUGGAGGAGGCUUGAGGUAUGAGUUGUCUGUGAGUAUAUGUUGUACUUAUGGAUGUUGUUUGUUAUCCAUGCAUAAGUGUUUUUUGUGAAAGAAAAUGUGUGAAAAAGAUAAAAGGACAUUUCAAAAUCAUUUCAAAAGUUUUCUCUCUAUAACCUGUUGUAGCACUUUACUCCUAUUCAGCUGAAUUCAGUUGCUUUCACUUAUGUGUUGGAAGAAGCAACAUAUAUGAGGAUGGUUGCAACAACUUAAAAGUUGUAAUCUUAAAAAAAAAUCAGCUAAUAUAAGGAGAUUAGAAGUGACAGACACAAGGCUGGUUGGACAAAUGGAAGAUGACAGGCAGAGGAUGAUCUGUUCCGUAUGGAAAACACUUCAAAUGGGAAAACAGGGCUGACUGAAUUUUCAAAUCUUCUAGGUUUGAAAUUCAGUAAAGAUUCUUGUAGAUAACUGUAGAUAAAUGGUGUAUAUUCUAUUUGUGUGUGCACAUGUGGGUGCGUACUGGCUUCGUGUCUGUGUGCACACCCACCACUAGUGCUUCUUUACUUGCAUUCUCUCUGUGUGAUCAUCCUCACCAUGUCUCUUCCUACCAGCAAUAUAUAGCAGAAUGUUAUUUUAGUUUUCUGCUCAUAGGUUUUUAUCCUGAUAGGUAGUUUUCCAAUCUAACAAAUGCCUAGGUACAAAUUAGAAGGCACAACUUAAUGAAUAAAUGAAUGCAAAUUUUCACUAGUCAAAUUUGUAUCCUAAAAAAAACGGUUAUAUGAAAAUAUUGCUCCACAUAGCUGUUUUGACUUCAAAAAUAAGGUCCUUUGUUUGUUGUUUUUUAAGCUUUAGCAACAAGUGGAUAUCUUUCACCUGUUUGAAUGAGCAGGGUCCUCCAGAAGCUGGCUAAAAAACAAACUAUAGAAUAUCUCUAAUACAAGUCUACUAACUGUAUUCUGAAGUUCUUUGCAUGUUACUUAUUAAAAUCAUAGCAAUCAUAAUUACCACUGGAAAAAUCCGACAAUUGAUGGGUUGUACAAAAAACAUCACAUUUUGAGUUCCUCCAAUGGUUGUUAAUUGGAUGUUAAAGACAAUCAAGAGUAGAAAUGCAGUAAGAAAUCAGCCAGUAGCUGAACUAGAGUUGUGUCCAUGCUCUAAUAUGGCAAAAAUCACAUAGGUAAAUUAUCUUCCUAACUUCAGGCGUAAGUUACCGCAUACGCUUGUUAUUGAUCCAUGCAGUUUUACAUCAUGUCCUGAAUCAGGAAAACAUCUACAAGAUGAAAAACAGUGGAAAAAUAAUCAGAAAACACCACUGUUCUUUUUUUCAGCCUCCACAUCUGUAAAAUAGACACAAAACAUCUGUGAGGAUUUUCCCUGAAUUUGUGUGAAGUGUGAAUUUUAGAACUGAUUAAG